AAAUAAUCGGUAAAAAUAACAGAUAUUUAAAAAAUUAUAGAAAGAUAGAUUUAAUUUUUAAAAUAAUUAACAGGCUGCCUCUAAUAGUAAUAAAACUAAAUAAAUUUUAAUCGAUGAAUAGAUAGAUACUGAACUAAUUUAAAUUUAAUAAAUAGCUAGUAAAGUCUUUUACAUAAAUUAGAUUGAUGUCCUUUAAUAAUUUGGAAUUUAUUUGUUAUUUGCAUUUAAAUAAAAGCUUGGAAGAUUUUAUAAUCCUAGAUUCAAGAUUCAUUUAUAAUAAAGAAGAACCAGUAGAGUAACACACAACUCAUUAUAUGAAUAUAAAAAAAAUUUGUAAUAAGUUAUUAUAUAUUAUAUGAUAUUGAUUUAUGUAUGUUUUUAUAUUUUUAUAUGUUGCUGCAAAUUUAAUUUACAAAUUCUUUUUUUUUUUAUAAUACUUUUUAAAAUUAUUAUAUAAAUAUACAGUUAUUUCACAAAAAGUAACUGA